CUCACCGCCUUUCAUGGAGAUACCUUAUCGCGCGACUUCAGCACUCAGACCUUCUCGCCGCGGGAAUUUUUGCAUUCACUUAACGUUCUAUUUCAACUUUUUUCUUCAGAUUCAGCGUCUCUCAUUUACAGCUCACGUCGGCGAUUUGGUGUCUGACUGCUGGAAAAGUAGAGUUCAAGCUCAUACACAGUGCAGACGUGCAUUAUUGCCUGGUUGUUCACCGCUUGCAUGUCAAUCCUCCAGAAACUCACGCGUGAAGACAGACCUGAGGUUAAAAGUCGCGUUUUAAACAGAUAACCGUGGAAAUACAACUCAACGUGGAUCUUCUCAGAGUGGACUCUGGAGAUGAUAUGGGACACGUCUGCCGUUUCAUCUAUGUGAAUCGAGAGUUAUUCUGGAAAUUUCGUUGAUUUUUGCACGAGAUUGACGAACUGUACAGAAUCAAUGUGGUGUUUGCCGAAGAUACGUGUGGCUCGAAACUCACCUAAACGUUGACACGUCUUGGGAGUGAUGCACUGGCUUCCCCUGGUUGCCAUGGUGAUCGCCUCGGCCCUGCCUUUCCCUCAAAUUCCUGUCCCCAGGCUUGUAGCCGCGACGAUAGAGCCUGGCAGAAACGACAGCAAAACCAGCAGCGUCCCGACAGCUGAGAUCAGCUUGCCAACCAACUCAUCAAUGGACAGCCACUCCCAUGAGGCUGCUUCUCACAACAACUACAACACAGUCGACAAGCAGAGCACGUUUACACAUGAGGAGGACCACAUAUCCAAGGGCAGAGCAAACCAAGAGAAUCUUUUAACAGAAAAAUUUGUUUUCAAUAACACAAAACAGGACUACACAGGUGAAGGCAGGACUACCGGAGCAGAUGCCUCCCAGUCGCACGAUCAUACGGAAUACAAAACAGAAAAAAGUCUGGCCGAAAAAGCCAGUUCCCCAAGCAACGACAUUCUCAAGGACUAUCAGCUUAAACAUGAAGAAAACAGUAUUGAGGCAGAAACUUUUCUUAAAGAUGACUGGAACGUAAGAAGUAAACUAAAAGACGGGCCCAUUGAAGGUCCUAUGGUCACUCUGGAGAGCUCUCCAGUGCAGGAACAUCUGGAUGAAGCUCAAACGGAUGGGAGCACCAUUGGAAAAGAGUUGGCACAGCCAAAUGGAGUGUUUGGAACGGAACCGGGCUUUAGGAUCGACAACCUAGGCCUGCGAGAAGAAGAUCAGCUGCUUUUGCUGGACGCUCAUCCCCGGGUACUCUUCUCCCCGGCUCUUUCCCCACCCAAACACCCACCUCUGCUCCUAAUGCUGGAGUUGGGUUUGCUGGCUGAAGAUGUUGAGGACGAGGAAAGCCACACAAUGGAUGUUACCACACCCAGUAAUGGACGCGACAUGGAGGAAUACAGGAACUUACUAUUGGGUCUGUCUGAUUCUGACAACCACGUUCCAAGCGUCCGCCGCAAACGUCAGCUCGGCCUCAACACGCAAGGUCGCGAGCGCUCCGUAUGUGAGGCCGAAAGCGUGUGGGUGACCGACAAGAAGACAGCGGUAGACCUCCGGAGUAAAACCGUCACUAUUCUGCAAGAGAUCCAGACACAGACUGGGCCGCUGAAGCAGUACUUCUUCGAAACGAAGUGCCGUAAGCCACUUCAGCAAGGGAACAGCGAAGGGCAGGGGGUGGAGGGGGCGGGCUGCUUUGGGGUGGAUAAGAAACACUGGAUGAGCAGGUGCGAAACCAAACAGUCAUACGUACGUGCGCUCACCUCAGACGACAACAUGAGGAUAGGCUGGAGGUGGAUCCGUAUUGACUCCUCCUGUGUUUGCGUUCUGCUCACUAGAGGAACGUACAACUCUGAGAAGAAGUUUGAGAGGGCAAGAGAGCGAGAAGGCCGAAGGUACAGAUAGUUGAACGAAGGACUGACAGAGUUGAAAGAUCAUGUUAAUAAAAGGGACUAAAAGUGUCGGUUCCGGUUCACAUGUUGCUCAAACCCCCUAUUGAUUUAUUUUUGUUCGAGGAACACAAAAGGAAACAGUGGCCCCAGCAUUUUUUUGAAUUGCUUGAGGUCAUUUUUCAUGGAAGUAAGAAGCUAGUUCCCAUCAAGUUCACACAGGUAUCCUCGCUGAAUAACCAUCGGGAUAGUUGAACAAAGUUUGACCACCAUAAAGUGUUCAAGACCUUUUGACUUCAUUUUGAACAAUAUGUUUAUUAUUUCAUAUUUGAAGACCUGUGAUUGUGCUUUUUACAAUACAUCUUUAAUUGUGGCUUAAGCUUCCAAAUAAUUUUUGGGGUCACUGUACAUUUAGCACAUUUCAUCUAAAAACAAACUUGGCGGUCAAGCUCCGAGAAAGCACUAUAAAAGUGAUCAAUACAACUUGUGGACUAAAUCAAAAUCCAUUUUAAGGAGUUUGUCCAUUUGUCAUUCACAUUUGCAACACCUCUAGGCAGCUAUUUGGCUCAUGCUAGGCCGAGCCCUCUCCUCGAAUGGCACGCCAAGUACGCAUAUUUUAUACUAUAUCUGAUUAUAUGUUAAUGUGAACUCAUGAAAUAAAGGGUGUUUCUUGUGCUCAAAUAUCAUUAAAAAACAGGUAUGUUUCAGGUUGGUCCUACCAAUGCGUAUGUGCAGUCCCAAAUGCGUGUCUCAGACUUCUAUGGGAACCGGAGCUUUUAACUGUAGCUUAUUCCACCAUGUUGCACGCCACACUUUCUCCUACUCAUAGCAAUUUGAGUCAUGAAUUGAUCACCAGGUGCAACUCAUUUUGUGGGAUUAGAGUGGUAUGAGGUGAUGAUGAGUACCUCCACUCUGCUGUCAUCCCUCCAGUCCAUAUCCACGGCUCACUAGGCCAGUGCGUAAAUGUUCACAAACAAGAAAACCUCAAUACUGAGAUCUUUUUUCCCUUUUCUUUUCAUAUAUUGUGUUACUUUUGUUUUAUUGUGUCUAUAGUUUACAGACAAUAAGUUAUUACUUUUGAGCUAGUAUGUAAGUGCAAGUACUUGAUAUUAAUAUAUUUCUUUAUAAAUGUACAAUAUGUAAAACAUAUACAAAUAUAUGUGUAUUUAUAACAACCAAAAAUGAUUGAGGACUUGUGUUUAGUGUCCGCAGAAUUGGAGAUUAAAGGAGUAGUUCACUUUAAAAAA